AUUUCUGCCACGAAGAUUUUAUUAGCUUCUCCACCUGACCGCGGCCAAUCAGCGCGAGUGCCCGGGCACCUGCGUCUCGUGCGUCAGGGCGGCCCCGGUCGAGCCCGAGCUGGCGCCCUGGGAGCGGGGAGCGGCUUAAAACGCUUUGGAUCCCCAGGGCCUGGUUGGGGACAGCGAGCUGGGGGCCCCCCUGCAUCCCCCGCUCUCAGCACCCCAUGCGCCGACCCUCGGCCCCAUGGAGCCGGGCAAUUAUGCCGCCUUGGACGGGGCCAAGGAUGUGGAGGGCUUGCUGGGGGCGGGAGGGGGCCGGAGUCUGCUCGCCCACUCCCCGCUGGCCAGCCACCCCGCGGCGCCCACGCUGAUGCCCGCUGUCAACUAUGCCCCCUUGGAUCUGCCAGGCUCUUCGGAACCCCCGAAGCAGUGCCACCCGUGUCCCGGGGCGCCCCAGGGCGCGUCCCCGGCCCCGAUGCCUUACGGCUACUUCGGAGGCGGGUACUACUCCUGCCGCCUGGCGCGCGGCUCCCUGAAACCCUGCGCCCAGGCCGCCACGCUGGCCGCCUACCCCGCGGAGCCUCCCGCGGCCGGCGAGGACUACCCCAGCCGCCACGCCGAGUUCGCCUUCUACCCGGGGUACCCGGCGCCCUACCAGCCUAUGGCCAGUUACCUGGAUGUGUCCGUGGUGCAGACGCUGGGCGCCCCCGGGGAGCCGCGCCACGACGCCCUGCUGCCCGUGGACAGUUACCAGCCCUGGGCCCUCCCCGGGGGCUGGAACAGCCAGAUGUGUUGCCAGGGAGAACAGAACCCACCGGGGUCCUUCUGGAAGACGGCGUUUGCAGACUCAAGCACUCAGCACCCUCCGGAAGGCUGUACCUUCCACCGAGGCCGCAAGAAGCGCAUUCCCUACAGCAAGGGGCAGUUGCGGGAGCUGGAGCGAGAGUAUUCAGCUAACAAGUUCAUCACCAAGGACAAGAGGCGCAAGAUUUCAGUGGCCACCAGCCUCUCAGAGCGCCAGAUCACCAUAUGGUUUCAGAAUCGCAGGGUCAAGGAGAAGAAGGUCCUUGCCAAGGUCAAGACCAACGCUAGUGUGUGAGGGUGCUCCCUGGCUGGGGAGGUGGUGGGGGAUGGUGGGCAGUAUCUGGGGAGACCAGGAACCUGCCAAGGACAGGCUGGGACCCAGGACUCUGUUCAGGGGUCCCCAGAGGUGACACUUUUUUCAGGCCAUGGCUCCUGUGCCGUUUCCCAGGGACAACCUGAGUACCCCAUAUGUCCCAGUGAGCCACUGAGGCCCAAGUGAAAGCCUAAUCUGCCGGAGUGACAGGACCCAAAGGGCCUGUCCCAGUCAUUAGCAUUCCCCCUGGCAGUGGCGAUAUUCACCAUAACCAGGACUAGUUGCCAGGAUAACUAGUCUCAUACUUUCUACUAGAGCUCUGUGGAGCAUUACAGAAACCGCUUUCAUGGAAUGAACUGAUCAUGAAUAAACUUGGAAGGAGAUGGUGA